GCUGCUGAGACCGCCUGCGUCCGGCCACUGCACCCGGAAGAACUGGAUGCUGGAGGGAGCGCGAUGGUGAACCUCGGACUCUCCAGAGUGAACGACCAGCUGGCUGCGAAGCACCCAGGCUUACAAGGGUACGCAGCGUGCCAGUCGCAGGCGUUCAUGAAGGGGGUGGUCACCUUCAUCACAGGGACAGGUGCCGCACUGGUGCUCCAGAGCGUGUUCAAAAAACGCCUUCCGUAUCCCCUGCAGUGGAAUAUACUCCUGUCCGUGGUUGCAGGGUCGGUGGCCAGCUACGUAGUGACCAAGAGAGAAACGGAGAAGUGCACUGACCUGUGGAUCUACCUGGAGAAGGGGCAGAUAUCUCAGCUACAUCAAGCAGGACAACAGCAGGUAUCAGAUACCACAAAGCAGAACAAAUAUGGAGACACAAUCGAAUAAAUCCCCCCCCAUAAAAAACUAGGGACUUUUCAUACUGCAGAAAUAAACACGGGGAGCAAAUCAAAGAGCGAUUUACAUCCUGAUCACAGAUUGGAAAUCUGCAAACAGCGAGGAAAUCCCCAAAUAAUCCUCUCACCUACAGGACUUCCUCCAAGAGGACAAGUGAUAAGGAAGUUCAAAAGAAGGAAUAUAAUUACUGCUGUAAAAGUCCCUUUACAAUAGGGAGUGAUGAAUACAUAGCUAUAACUGUUAUAUAUAUGUGUGUGAAUACCGUAUCUCUAUAUUUAUAUAAAUCUGUUUCCCAGUA